AUGCCAUGCCGCGCAGCGUCUUUGCAUCAGACGCAGCAGAAGAAGAAAGUAGUGCUUCCGACGGUCAACGGCAGCAGCCAUCCGCAUGUCGUCGGUCCCACUCUCGCGAAAUCCCGCGCUGACCUACCCACGGACCUUGAGUCGCGCCUUCAGAAGGCAUGGCUCCAAUCCCAAAUUCCCGAUGCGGCUUCGCUUCGACGUCCGCUAGCGGGAACACCGACGGCGGCGGAUGGAAUUUCCCCCUCCACCAUCCGCCCGAAGCGGACGCGCUCCCCCGAAAGACCCUCGCGCGGGGAGGGAAACCUCGCGCAGUCCCUGCAGCAGCUCUGGAAACGAACCUACAGCCCCGGCAGUGGCUCGGGAAGCCCGCGGAGUUCCCAAGGUCUGGCUGGUGUCGCAGGUGCGGGAAAUUUCGCAGGCCAAGCACGUAUUGCAGGGCUUCCAGGCUUAGGCUCGGGAGGAACGCAGCAGCGUGCGGGGUCCAGGCCUACCGGACAAACAGGUUCGGAUCCCCGUGCUAGGUUCGGUAACAGGCUCGGCGCGACUGGGAGGAAUGCGGGGUCGUCGCCGUCGGAGUCAGUGGGCACUGCCGUGUCUGGCGUACAGGCUCGGAACGAGGCUCGGCAGGGGUCGGGGACGUCAGGCUCACCACCAGGCUCGGCGCCAGGCUCAGCGCAAGGCUUAGCGCCAGGCUUGGAAGAAGUAACAUUUGAUUCGCUGGUUCAAGAAUUGCUGGGUAACAAACCGAAUGUGAUGGAUUCGGGCACCGGAUUGGGCCUCGGUGCGGAGGAUUCAAGAGGGGUGAGGACAGGGCUGAUUGCUAGGGUUGCCGGGGCUCCGCCGAAGCACUCCCCGAACCUGUUUCACAGGUUCGAUGCAAGCUCCGGGGUUAUGGGGAGGUUUGGCGGGGAGGAACGGGCGGGAGGAGCGGGAAGCAGGGAGGGGGAGGAGGAGUGUAGGGAGGGGAGAGGCGAUGGGGCAGGUUUCAUUCAAGGGUUUGCAGCUGUAGAAGGGGAUUUGAGGGGGGAGUUGCCAGGUGUAGGGGAGACUAUGGGAGGUAGGGGAAUCGUUGGUGGUGGUGAAGCACUCGGGGAGUUCUCGUCACAGGAAGGAGGGCCGUUUCUAGAGCAAGGAGGGGCGUUUUCAGAGGGAGUACAGCCGUUUGAGCAGAGGCAAGAGGCGGGGGAGUUGACGCCAGGCGAAGCUGCUCUCAUUUCCAGUCACGGGAGGGUUUUCAUGCCGGGCGAGUCCACUGGCUUGGUGGUUCCUCCUCCUGCCUAUAGGAGUGUGCCUGCGCCGGUUUCUCCCCCGAAUGUCGACUGCAACCGCACACUGCUGGAGUCAUUUCAGGUACUGGUGAACGCAACGCCCUUCCUCACCUUCGGCCAGGUAGCAGCCAACAGCGCCAUACUCGAAGCUCUAGCGGACGAGCCUCGAGUGCACAUCAUCGACUUCGGCAUCGGCCACGCCCUGCAGUGGCCGGCUCUCCUGCAGGCGCUGGGUGCGAGACCAGGAGGGCCUCCCCACGUGCGCGUGACGGGCAUCGAGGUGCCUCAGUGCGGGGCUAUGUCACCCUACUGUGCCAUGAAGGCAGGGAAGCGACUGGAGUCAGCAGCAGCCAUGGGGGGUGUGCCCCUGCAGUACCACUGGGUGAUGUCUCGCCUGGAGGACGUCACCCCCUCAAUGCUCAACCUGCACCCAGGGGAAGCCAUUGCAGCCAACUGCGCCCUGCGCCUCUCCCAACUGCUCGACGAAUCAGAACAGCCCAACGCAGCUGCCAACCCUGCCUCCGCAGCUAGCACGGUCUUUGCCAAGCCUGUCUCCGCACCUGGUUCCGAGCCUGGUUUCGAAGCAGCGGGAGCAGCAGUCGGUGCGGAUGUGGACAGGAGGGCGGACGUGGACGGGGCAUAUCUAGACAAGUCGUAUCUGGACGGCUCAGAUCCAAACAGAUCGUACCUGGACGGCUCAGAUCCAGACAGGUCGUAUCUGGCGAAGGCAGAUUCGGACGAAUCCCCACGCAUGAGAGUGCUGCGAACGAUCCGGAUGCUGAGGCCUAAGGUGGUGACGGUGGUGGAGCAAUACAGCAACCACUCCUCGCCCUUCUUCCUCGCGCGGUUCUAUGAAGCUCUCUACUACUAUGCCGCGUUAUUCGAGUCGAUUGACGCGUCGCUGCCCAGGAACGAAGUAGCACGAAGAGUGUUUGAAGAACAGGUGCGUGCUGCCUGCGAGGUGACUUUUGAACAGGUGCGUGCUGCCUGCGAGGUGACUUUUGAACAGGUGCGUGCUGCGUGCGAGGUGACUUUUGAACAGGUGCGUGCUGCCUGCGAGGUGACUUUUGAACAGGUGCGUGCUGCCUGCGAGGUGACUUUUGAACAGGUGCGUGCUGCCUGCGAGGUGACUUUUGAACAGGUGCGUGCUGCCUGCGAGGUGACUUUUGAACAGGUGCGUGCUGCCUGCGAGGUGACUUUUGAACAGGUGCGUGCUGCCUGCGAGGUGACUUUUGAACAGGUGCGUGCUGCCUGCGAGGUGACUUUUGAACAGGUGCGUGCUGCCUGCGAGGUGACUUUUGAACAGGUGCGUGCUGCGUGCGAGGUGACUUUUGAACAGGUGCGUGCUGCGUGCGAGGUGACUUUUCAACAGGUGCGUGCUGCCUGCGAGGUGACUUUUGAACAGGUGCGUGCUGCCUGCGAGGUGACUUUUGAACAGGUGCGUGCUGCCUGCGAGGUGACUUUUGAACAGGUGCGUGCUGCCUGCGAGGUGACUUUUGAACAGGUGCGUGCUGCCUGCGAGGUGACUUUUGAACAGGUGCGUGCUGCCUGCGAGGUGACUUUUGAACAGGUGCGUGCUGCCUGCGAGGUGACUUUUGAACAGGUGCGUGCUGCCUGCGAGGUGACUUUUGAACAGGUGCGUGCUGCCUGCGAGGUGACUUUUGAACAGGUGCGUGCUGCCUGCGAGGUGACUUUUGAACAGGUGCGUGCUGCCUGCGAGGUGACUUUUGAACAGGUGCGUGCUGCCUGCGAGGUGACUUUUGAACAGGUGCGUGCUGCCUGCGAGGUGACUUUUGAACAGGUGCGUGCUGCCUGCGAGGUGACUUUUGAACAGGUGCGUGCUGCCUGCGAGGUGACUUUUGAACAGGUGCGUGCUGCCUGCGAGGUGACUUUUGAACAGGUGCGUGCUGCCUGCGAGGUGACUUUUGAACAGGUGCGUGCUGCCUGCGAGGUGACUUUUGAACAGGUGCGUGCUGCCUGCGAGGUGACUUUUGAACAGGUGCGUGCUGCCUGCGAGGUGACUUUUGAACAGGUGCGUGCUGCCUGCGAGGUGACUUUUGAACAGGUGCGUGCUGCCUGCGAGGUGACUUUUGAACAGGUGCGUGCUGCCUGCGAGGUGACUUUUGAACAGGUGCGUGCUGCCUGCGAGGUGACUUUUGAACAGGUGCGUGCUGCCUGCGAGGUGACUUUUGAACAGGUGCGUGCUGCCUGCGAGGUGACUUUUGAACAGGUGCGUGCUGCCUGCGAGGUGACUUUUGAACAGGUGCGUGCUGCCUGCGAGGUGACUUUUGAACAGGUGCGUGCUGCCUGCGAGGUGACUUUUGAACAGGUGCGUGCUGCCUGCGAGGUGACUUUUGAACAGGUGCGUGCUGCCUGCGAGGUGACUUUUGAACAGGUGCGUGCUGCCUGCGAGGUGACUUUUGAACAGGUGCGUGCUGCCUGCGAGGUGACUUUUGAACAGGUGCGUGCUGCCUGCGAGGUGACUUUUGAACAGGUGCGUGCUGCCUGCGAGGUGACUUUUGAACAGGUGCGUGCUGCCUGCGAGGUGACUUUUGAACAGGUGCGUGCUGCCUGCGAGGUGACUUUUGAACAGGUGCGUGCUGCCUGCGAGGUGACUUUUGAACAGGUGCGUGCUGCCUGCGAGGUGACUUUUGAACAGGUGCGUGCUGCCUGCGAGGUGACUUUUGAACAGGUGCGUGCUGCCUGCGAGGUGACUUUUGAACAGGUGCGUGCUGCCUGCGAGGUGACUUUUGAACAGGUGCGUGCUGCCUGCGAGGUGACUUUUGAACAGGUGCGUGCUGCCUGCGAGGUGACUUUUGAACAGGUGCGUGCUGCCUGCGAGGUGACUUUUGAACAGGUGCGUGCUGCCUGCGAGGUGACUUUUGAACAGGUGCGUGCUGCCUGCGAGGUGACUUUUGAACAGGUGCGUGCUGCCUGCGAGGUGACUUUUGAACAGGUGCGUGCUGCCUGCGAGGUGACUUUUGAACAGGUGCGUGCUGCCUGCGAGGUGACUUUUGAACAGGUGCGUGCUGCCUGCGAGGUGACUUUUGAACAGGUGCGUGCUGCCUGCGAGGUGACUUUUGAACAGGUGCGUGCUGCCUGCGAGGUGACUUUUGAACAGGUGCGUGCUGCCUGCGAGGUGACUUUUGAACAGGUGUGUGCUGCCUGCGAGGUGACUUUUGAACAGGUGCGUGCUGCCUGCGAGGUGACUUUUGAACAGGUGCGUGCUGCCUGCGAGGUGACUUUUGAACAGGUGCGUGCUGCCUGCGAGGUGACUUUUGAACAGGUGCGUGCUGCCUGCGAGGUGACUUUUGAACAGGUGCGUGCUGCCUGCGAGGUGACUUUUGAACAGGUGCGUGCUGCCUGCGAGGUGACUUUUGAACAGGUGCGUGCUGCCUGCGAGGUGACUUUUGAACAGGUGCGUGCUGCCUGCGAGGUGACUUUUGAACAGGUGCGUGCUGCCUGCGAGGUGACUUUUGAACAGGUGCGUGCUGCCUGCGAGGUGACUUUUGAACAGGUGCGUGCUGCCUGCGAGGUGACUUUUGAACAGGUGCGUGCUGCCUGCGAGGUGACUUUUGAACAGGUGCGUGCUGCCUGCGAGGUGACUUUUGAACAGGUGCGUGCUGCCUGCGAGGUGACUUUUGAACAGAGUGUUCGAAGAACAGGUGCGUGCUGCCUGCGUGCGUGUGUAUGUGGCCGCCUUGCUCGCUUGCUGCGCCCCAAGGUGGUGACAGUGGUGGAGCAGUACAGCAACCACUCCUCGGUCUUCUUCCUUGCGAGACUGUACGGGGCUCUCUACUAUUAUGCCGCACUGUUUGAGUCCAUUGACGCAUCGCUUCCAAGAAACGAGGUCGCCAGACGAGUGUUCGAAGAGCAGGUGGGUCUCGAAUGUUGCUCUUUCUGUAUGUCCGUCUGUUUGUCCAUGUGUGCUGCGAACGAUCCAGAUGCUGAGGCCCAAGGUGGUGACGGUGGAGGAGCAGUACAGCAACCUCUCCUCGCCCUUCUUCCUCGCCCUUCUUCCUCGCCCUUCUUCCUCGCCCUUCUUCCUCGCCCUUCUUCCUUGCGCAACUCUAUCCGCAAUUUGUCAGCCCGCCCGUCCUUCUGUUGUUGCUACUGCUCCUCCGACAUUGCUGUUUCCCUUGCGUCUUCCUCCCUCCCGCAACCUCAGGUACUAGGCCGAGCGAUUGUGAAUCUGGUAGCAUGUGAAGGGCAGGAGAGGGUGGAGAGGCAGGAGCCACUGGACCAGUGGCAGCAGAGGAUGCUGAGGGCGGGGUUCAAGCCUAGAGGACUGAGUGAAGGAGUGGUUACCACCCUGCAUGCCCUGUUACAAACGUACAACAAGGUGGGGCAUGAUGUGCGGAGAGUGGACGAAGCGAGCGUGGUGCUGACGUGGAAGGGCAACCCGCUAUUGGCUAUGAUGGCAUGGGAACCGCAGGAAUGA